GCUGAAAUUUGGUAUAGGUAAACUAGACGUAAUGAAGAAGAUGCUCAAAAAAAUUUAUCAAAAAAUUCCACCAGGAAUCUCCCCAAUUGGCGACGGCCGGGCAGAACCUCCUUUAUAAGGGGCUAAUUGAACACUUUGAGUUAGUUCAUGUACCUAUUUGACCCUUUAGCCAAAAAAAAUAAAGACGGUGGAGGCCAUCCUUCAUGAGGUUCGCGGCGGUGUCUGUCAGGCUGACAGAUGUUACCUCUCCAGCAAUACAAGUUGCUGCAUAACAUCAGAAAUUCAGAAUUACAUAAAAUAAAAAUAAAAAAUACUACUAUCGGAGGUUACAGCAAAAAUAAAAGAAUUCUUCAUUUCUGGUCUCUGCCUAGAUGCAGAAGAAAAAUGGAAUCGAGGGAAACUUUUGCUUCCCAAGAAGCAGCUCCAACCCCUUACAUUUCCAAUAAGUCGAUGCAUGAGAAACCCAAACAGGGAAUCGAGGAGUUCGAGACUCUUCCCUCCAGUGUUAACAGUAGCAAUGAUCGAGAACAGAGAGUAGUUUCAGAAGUUUAUCCAAAACCAGACUCGCACAUGUCUCCGGGCCAAACCCGGAGAAGAUCAAAGCCUGGCUUGAGGAGAAUGAAGGGAGGGAAGUGGGGCGCUGUGAUCAGAAAUCCGUUUACCAAACGGCAGGUUUGGCUGGGCACUUAUGAUUCAGAGGAAGCAGCUUCGCACGCUUACAAUUCCAUGAAGCUAGAGUUCCAGAAAGCCAAACAAGGAAUAGAGAAGGAGGUCCAGACUAGUCCAUCUGGUUUUCACGAUCCGGAUCCGGUGCCCGGUUUGUGCAUGGAUGAGGGGCAAAACCCGAGAAGCUUGAACCGUGGGUUAAGGAAAAUGAAUAAUGGGAAAUGGGGUGCGGUGAUCGGAGACCCGGUUCUGAGGCGGCAGGUUUGGCUGGGAACUUUCCAUUCCAAGGAAGCAGCUUGGAUAGCUUACCAUCACAAGAAGCUGGAGUUCGAGAAAACCAAACGAGUAAAGAAGCAGAUUAAAACUAGCAAAAAGACUGCAUGUCCAGUCCCAUUGACCGAUCCGGCGAAGAAACCAGUUUUGGAUCCGCACCCGGAUUGCGAUAUUGGAAGGAAUUUGGUUAGUCAACCCGUUUCACCCACUGAUCUCGUUCACAAACCCGAAUCACCUGCAGGUCCUAAUCCGAAACCGGAUUCGGGUACGGGUCCUGAUCCGCAACACGCUUCCAGUAAGGGUUCUAAUCCGCUACCCGAGUCGAUUACGGGUCCUCAUCCGCUACCCGAGUCGAUUACGGGUCCUCAUCCGCUACCCGAGUCGAUUACGGGUCCUGAUCCGCUACCCGAUUGUCCAACGGAUUCGAAUUUGGGUAUGGGUCAUAGGCUGAGAGCCACCAAUCCUGGGGUUAGGAAGGAGAUUGGGGGAAAGUGGGGGGCGGUGAUAAACAACCCGUUCACCGGGCGGCGCGUUUGGCUGGGAAUGUUCAACACAGAGGGCGCUUACCUUUCCAAGAAGCUGGAUUUCGAGAGAAUUGCUAAAGCCAAACAACGACUAGAGAAUGAGAAGAAGCAGAAUCCGAUUAUCACUGAGCCGGAAAAGACCGCAGUUUCUGAUCCUGGACCGGGUACCAACAGAACUUCAGAAGAAGAAGCUUCACAGGCUUACGAAUCUAAAAAAACAGAGGAUUUCAAACAUGGCGAAUCGGAGAUUGAGGAAAGCAAGAUGAUUUCGUCAGCUGAGGUUAACCCAAUGACCAAAGAAAGUAUUUAUAUGGGAACGUUUCAAACUCAAGAAGAAGAUAAACUAGAAACCUACCAUCAAUCCCAGAAAAUUGAAUUUGAGGAAUCUCGGGUUGUAGAGGAUGAAGAUGAUGGCGGGAUGUGGUUGGGGAAGUGGGUUCCCAUGGCCGACGGGAGAGAAGUAAGUUUCUCUGUGAAAUAUGGAGUUCCCAUAAUUGAUAAUUAUGGGUAUCUGCUUGGUGAAUUCCAGAGAUUGGACGAUGAGCUUUGGAUCUGUAAAGAGGAAGACUAUGCCCAUCAAGCUUAACCUUAGAC